UCAUUAUAGUUUUUGAAGUCUAUUUUUGUGACAAAAACCUAAAAAAGAUAUGUUUAAGAAAAUUGUCUUUUUUAUUAUUAUUAAUUUUAGUCAUUUAUUUAAUAGAAAAGGAGAACAAUAUUAAUUGGAAUGAAAAUAAAAAAAAUUAUUUAUAUACCCAUUAGGAGAAACGGAUCGGCCAAGUCGACUUCAUCACCACGAAACCCUAACAGAAGUGGAACAAUGAAGACAAUUUUCGAUUGUUGGUUCAAAAAAACGAAGAAGAAGAAGAAGACAAUUUUGGAUCUUCCAGAGGAUUUGGUUGAGGAUGAGAUAAUAUCUAGGCUGCCGAUUUCAUCUCUGAGGUCAGUGAGAUCAACCUGCAAAAAGUGGAACACUUUAUGUAAAAAUCGGAUCUUAUUUGGUAAAGCAGCAAAGAAGCAGUUCUUGAUGAUGGACUCGAGGAGGAUUUGUUUGAUGAACUUGGAUCUCAGCAAAGACAAUGGCGACCCAUCUAUAAAACAGGUAAGCGUACUUGAUCAAAAAUUCCAGAUACCUAUGGUGUUUCAGAGUGAUGGCUUGCUACUAUGCGUCCUUAAGGAUUACUCUAGGCUUGUGGUAUGGAACCCUUACUUAGGGCAAAUGAGGUGGAUCGAACCCAGAAACAGUUUCCAUAGUUCAGACAGGUUUGCUCUCGGACACGACAGCAACUUUAACUACAAGAUCCUGAGGAUCUCCAGUGAGAUUCAUCCAGUUACAGAAAGAAAAGUUUUAGGGUUCGAACUCUACGAUUUCACCUCGAGUUCUUGGAAGGUUCUUGAUGAUGUCACUCCCAAGCGGCGGCAGAUAAGGUCUUGUCAACAGUGCGAGUCUUUGAAGGGAAACGCUUAUUUUCUUACGAGUGUUAGAGGUUCCUUCCGCUGUUUUGAUUUCACAACAGAGAGGUUCGGACCGCCUCUGCCUCUGCCGCCGUUUCAUUCUUACGAUGGAUUCCAUUGCACGUCUUUCUCUUGUGUUAGAGAAGAGCAGCAGCUCGCUGUGUUGUAUCAACGCUGGGAGUGGGAGUCAAGUGAUACGAUCGAGAUUAGCGUUACUGAUAAGAUUGGUCCUGAUGAUGUGUCCUGGACAAAGUUUUUGAAAGUGAACACUGGCUAUUGGGUUUACCCUACUGCUCGGAGUUUCCUCGUCGACGAGGAGAAGAAACUUGCUGUGGUUUUCGUUCUAGACAAGCUCAGUAGUGGAUGUCUCUACCAAACUGCUCACGUCUUCGGACAAGAUGGAUACUUCAAAUAUGUGAGAAUCGGAGAAGCUCCCUAUCUCCGAAACAUGGUGUGCUCUUCAUAUCUUCCAAGCUUACUGCAACUCAACCAACCAGGCUAAUGGAAAGAUUGUGGUCAUCUUCUUUCGGAUAAAUCGUUAAUUAUGUGUUUUGUCUUUUGAAUGUUUUUAGCCUCUCUCUUUUCAGACUGUUCAUGUCUCUCGUGAUAUGUAAUGUAACCUAUGAUACAGGUUCAUCCUGUUCACCUUUAAAACUGAUUACUAUAUAUGAUUAUGCCGUCCAGAAACAAUUUUUCAUCA